AUGAACAAGGCUCUUCUUCUUCGAAAGGGAAAAACGACAGUGAUUCUGCUCCUCUCAACCUUCGAUCUGCAGCGGCAAACUGCAACCUUCUUCAUUCCUUCCGCUGAUUGCAGUGCCGCACGACUCCUCGACCUCGCCUUUUUCGGCUCAACCUCCUCCUUGACGUGCUUUGAUCUCCGCCUACCAUCAUCAUUAUUCUCCAAUCGCAAACCAUCAUGCCAAUUCCAUGACCAUCGAAGCGAUGUGCAUCCGUCUUCAGGCUCACACAACAGCCACAACGUCACAAAAUCAAGCACGAAAGUUACGGUAAAUGGAGAUUCAAGAUUACCUACCAGAGUAGUUUCGACGACUCUUCAAAGUGACGAAAAUGAUGAAUACAGAGAUGAAGUUUGGAAAAUUUGUGAAGCUUGUUGUGGUGUGAAGAUGAAAGAGAGAUUGUUAAGAGGGAAGUUUAUGGUGAUCUUUCAGAGAGAGGGAAGGAGAUUUUUCUGGGUACGGUUGGUUUCUUGCAGGUUAACAUAUUAUGAUUGUAAUGUUGUGGUUCAAAUGCGAUUUACGCUUGGAUUCGUUUGGUUUAUCUCGGCUGAACUUACAUAUGGAGUCUGCUUUCGUUGUUGCAGGAUGCAAGCCAAGGAGGAAGAACAUGAGACAUGA